GAUCAUCUUACCUCCACUGAAUUUAUCUAUUACACAAAAGAAUAAAGAAUUUAUCUCGACUUCGCAGACACAGAGCAAAUUACAACCAUGCCUCUCGUCGUCCCUGGAAUCAACAACACCUCUGGUGGUGCCAGCCAAGAGGAGUGGCUCAACAAGCUGGCGGGCAAGAAACUCACUGAGUCGUCAAGUGAUGUGACGUCAUUCGCGAAGAAGGAUCUGCCCCAGCAACAUCGUGUAAUCAAGCCUGGGGAUGCUAUGACGAUGGAUAUGAGGCCGGAACGGAUGAACAUCCACGUGAGCGAAGAUGGCACUGUUCAUAAUGUGACCUUUGGCUAGAGGGCGAUACAUCAUGGCUUCUUGAUUGUUUAUGAGAUGCGACGUGACUUGUUACGAAUUAUGGGACAAUAUUCAUGUACUAUUUUGAGAGGGACCUAAAUAAAUAAUACUGUUCAUUUCAGUAUGAUAUCCUGUCAGCUACUUGGAUGACGUAGUCUGCCGACAAAUCAACGUACUGUGAAAUAUGGGCUGAAAGAAGAAAGAAUCACAAUGCAUUCUACCGCACGGCACGCAAAAUCAUUGUAGAGUAGUACUCAGCCUAAUAUAUCUCUAUACCAACAGUCCAAUCAUCAUUCACGCCAGCUUCCACCUCAGCAAAGUCAAAGAAUGUUUCGGGAACACAAAUUGUUCCCUUGCCUCCCAUGUACUCUCAGUCACUGCAACCUCCUCUUUGCCAUUCAUAUUACAAGCUUGGACUCUCUCUCCAGUAACAGUAAAAACCGAAACCGUUCCAGACGGCCCAUCAAUGCUACUCCGGAUAUCUUUUUCCUCAUGAAUAUUGACC